UAAUGGAAUAUUAACGAAAAAAUUAAUUUAAAAACAAGAGGGUGAUACUACUAACAUUAAAGGGUAAAAUAAAUAUGUUAUAUAAAGGCUACUAUAAAAACGUCCAUCCGCUAUUUCAUUCAUAUUACUGUAUCAUCUCAACGACUAGUUUCGAUUAUACUUUUGAAAAAAAAGACAAAAGUUUUGGCAAUUGCUACGUAUUUGUCACGUGGUUCUGUCUGCUUUAAGCAGUCGGUCGCCUUGGUGACGUAUUCUGUGUUAUUGUUUAAUGGAAAUCCCCUCACUGCCUUGCAUGUUGUUUAUGUAUCCAAUGGUGCAAUAUGAGUAAAAUUUGUACACAAUAUCAUGUAUUCAUUUACUGUGCCGUAAUAACUGUAAUGAGGUUAGGUAUACAAUAGAUGAGGUAUAAUGGCAGGGUUGCCUUUACUUGUUCCCGUCAAAUUCAUUUCUUUUUUUGCUUGUCCAGCGCUCUUAUGAAUGAAGUUGAUGUAGCUAAUACAUAGCUUGACAUAUUAAAAGUCCAAAAUAGACAAUAAAUAAUAGUGUUGAAGCUAGUCAUAUUUGACAUCAUAAUUGUAGAUUUUUUUAUGUGAACAAUAGGCAUAUGAUUGUAACUAUCUACUGUUCCUUCAUCUCAGUAUUUGUGUAGUAGGUAGUACACCAAAAUUGAUGGUAUCGUGGAUUGAACCCCUUGCUUUAAACCAGGUCCCCACACAAUGUGGAAUGAAGAAGGUAGGCAAUAGCGAAAAUGAAACGAUUCUGAUCUUUGCAAAAAUAGUAGUAUUUACAUUUCAUUGGAUUCUUGUUCUUUGUUUUCAAUGAUGAAAUUUUGUUUUGAUCAGUCCGAUUAAAAUGUUUUGCCCGGGCUUGCUUUUCUUUAUAUGCUGUUAUAUAUAUAUGUAUAUAUUCAGUUGAUUUAUUGAUAUAUCCAGCUAGCUUUGCUUAUUAUUUGUUGGUAAUGUUUGUUGUAUCUUGUUUUAUCAAUCGAACGCCGAAAAAUAUAUUUUCUAAUUUCAAGAAAAUAUUUAUAUAGAUAGAUCAUGCUAUUUUCUUCUAUUUAAUUAUUAACUUCUUCAUAUAAAAAAAAAAUUACAAGUUUUUGGAACAUUAAAUGUCUAUAAUCAAUAUUUGUUCUUGCCCAUCAAGUUUUAUUUGCUUUGGAUUGUAAGACUUAAGAAUCCUGUAAUGUCUGUAAAUCAUGAAUGUUUACAAAGUUUCAAUUUUCUGUUUGCAUUUUAACUUCAUUUCAAUUUUUCAAUGUAUUUAAACAGAAUGUGGCAAGCUAGUAUUUUUUAUGAUAUAUUUACAACAUCUGUGAUAAAGAUCAGAAAUGUUUUAUGAAUCAGUAUUUACUGUUUAAAUUUCUUUCAAACUUUUUUACAAUUGGUUUAUUUGUUUCAACUUUGAUAGACAAUGUCACAACUCAUUCAAAUACGAAGUUAUACUAGAUCAAGUUCUGUUGGAAAAAAGGUUCAACAUAGAAUACUUAAAACAGUUGGAGCGAGCAAUUAACUACAUUUUCAUUUAAGAAAUUAAAACUUCUUCAAGUGGAUUUGUUGGAAAGCAUGUUCAUAUUUGCAACAUUUUUUAUGUUAUAUUCAUUGUUUCAACCAAGACAUUCUUAAAAAGUUGAAAAACAUAAGCUCUAGAAGUCACAACUACCUAUAUAUACAGAACUACUAUUUUAGAGAUAUGUUAGAUUUUGAGGUUGUUAUGCCAACAUAGUGAAAGCGAUUUAAUGCCAUUUCUUUUCGCUUGUUGCGGCCUUCUCAUUUUAUUAAACUCUUUCUCUGAGAUUCACUUGUGAACUGAUCUACUUUAUGUUGCAUCGUUAAGGUUCAUCCUAUCUUGUUUUUCUUUUCAACAGUUUAUAUGGCUCAGUUCAGGAUUUAUUGAAUAAUUUGGAUCAGAUUGAGAUUUGCACUAUGGACAAAUAUUCGGGACUUCCAAACUGGGUCCAGAAAUCUAAAAAGUCUUUGAAACAAACUCAGGAAUGGCAAACCUAUAUGAUGAAGUUAUAUGAUCUUGUUCAUCAUCAAAUGCAUGAAAUGGGAGUCAGUUCAUUUAAUGAUUUAGCACCACCAGAAAGGAAUCUCCUACUACAAAGGGCAUUUCAAGCACUGAAAAAAGGUGAAGCAUAUUUUCAACUUCUUCAAGCUGCAUCAGAAUCAUUAGAUGAGAAUAUUAGCCAAGAAGCAAACAAACUAUCAACAACCAAACAACAGAAUAAAACAAAGAUGGAAAUAUUGCAAGAUGAAUGCCAUACGGCUGUUACAUCUUUACUCCAAAAAUGGCCGGACAGCAGGACUUCACUGCGUCAAUGCCUGAAUGCAAAUAUUCCUCUUGAACUCCGAUAUGUCAUGUGGAAAAACUUCCUUAAAAGUCCAGAAGCCAGGGAAGAGUAUUCGAAAUUAGUUGCAAGAGAUCCAAAGAAGCUUGUUUCGAAACAAGACUUUGAGAUAUCAGAGAAAUGCCAAAUGCUGCUUGAAUCCGAUCCAACAUUGAAGCAAAUUCCUAACAGAAAAGCUGCAUGCUCUGUAAUGCGUCACCUGUUGUCUUAUCAUCAUACCAAACUCAAAUCUCGUGGUGGGUUGAUUGAGACAGAUUACCUUCUGGCAGUUCCUUUUGUUGUUUGCACAUUGUCAGCACGUCAAUCACCUGGUGCAACACAGCAGUUGACAACCGAAUCAUUUGCAACUUUGAUAGAAGAAUUUGAUGCUUUCAUGAAUAAACGACCUGAUUAUAUGAUGACAACACAGGGACGAAGUUUGGACGAUUUGUCAACAAAAACAGGUUCAUUGAUUCGCAAGCAUGAUCCAAAUUUGGCUCGCACUAUUGAAAAAUAUAAAAUCGGACAGAAGGAAGUAACUAAUGCAAAAAUUGAGGCUGUUUUAUCUCUAUUACUGCAUUCCAUUGUUAGGUCAUUGUUCGUUGGAUAUUUUCCUUUGGAAACAGUGAUGCACACAUGGGAUCUUGUCAUUCUAGGUUUCGACUAUGAUGCCUAUGACCCAGCACCAUUUAUUUGCGCAUCUGUUUUUCUUCUUCUCCGCAAAGAAUUAUCAAAAUGUCAAUCAGAGAAAGAAGCAAUGACCAUUAUUAUGCAAGGAUGCAGAAAUUUACAAAAAGAUAGAUUAAUUCUGGCUUUAAAAGAAUUUGGUUUUGAGAAACAACUCAAACAAAAUCUUAAUAUUGCAGAAGAGGACCAUUUUCCUGUAUUUCACCCUGCAUUGAAAAGUAACUUGCCUCCAUGGAAACAUUGGUAUAGCAGUAAACUCGUUUCUCACAUUCAGGAUGAAAGAAAUGAAACUGCAGUGAGACGUGCAAUGACUGUUCAAGACCCAUCCCACUCCCCUAGGUCGGAUCAUCUGGAAAAUGGAGGUGCAAUGCAGGACUGGCAGUUGGAGCAAAUGAAAUUGGAACUAGAGGAUGACGCAGAAAGACUGAGACAAGAAAGAGACAUGCUUGCAGCUGAUGUUGAACGAGAGAGAAGAUUGAGAAUAGAAAUGCAACAGCAAGCAGAUGAAGAGAUUGAAAGACUCAGAAGACAAUUGAAUGCUGCACAAAGAAGCAAUAGUCGUAGACAGGAUACUCAAACACCUGAUGAAGAACCACGAGUUCCACCUCCUUCAGUGAUAUCAAGUAAAGAAAGGGUUGUAUCACGUCCACCGAGUCAACCUAAAGUAGCAACUCCGCCACCAGUGUUACCAGUCAAGACUCCAACACCCGAGCCAGAAACACCUCCUAAGGCCCCGACACCCAAACCAAGGACACCAACUCCAGAAGUAGAAAAAAGUCAAGAAAAAGUAAAAGCCAAGAAAACAACUGAUGACUUCUUGUUUAAGAUGAUGGAAGGAGUAAAUUUUGUGGUUCAUGGUGACAAAAAGGAAAGGAGAGAUUUGGACAAAAUGACUCAGAAAGAUAUUCAAAAGUUGACAGUCGCGUUCAAGAAAGCACAGAUAUCUGUUUAUGGAAAAGCAAUGACAGAUGCUGAUAUUGCUCAACUGCCAGGUGAUGAAAGAGAACAGAAGGGAUUGAAAGCCCAAGAAGAGACUCUCAGACUGCUCUUCAAGCAAAAGUGAACAGAAACAGUGUUCACUUGAACAAUCAAUCGUCUUUAUACGAAUUUCCUGAGAAAUAUUUCAUUUGUAUGAAGCAAUUUUAUAUUUUGUACAGUUUCUGAACAGAAUUGUCUCUCUGCACUGUAUACAUUUAAUAUCUCAUUGAUCACCAGUUACAAUUUGGGCAGUUAAAAAUAUUGAUAUAAGAAAAUAGCGAGGCUUCAGAAUUUUUGGUACUCCCGAAGUAUGUGACCCAAGAUUGCGGGCACCGGAUCGUAGUAUGUAUACCAGGUUAGGCCAUAAUUUCAGGUACAAAUACUAUGGGAGUCACUUGGCUAGUCUCCGAAUUCGUAAUAGAACUCAAAUAAGGCAAACUUCAAUAAAAUUAUGGCGUAACCUUAACAUGGUACACAUACUAUGUGCCGGUGUCUGUCAUCUUGGUUCACAUACUUCGGAAGUACUGAAUUUUUUGUAGUCUUCACUCUUUGUUUAUGAAUAUCAAUCAAAAAUUAUUGGUUCUGGCCUUUUUUGUGUCAAAAAAGUUUUUUUAUUAGCUUUUUAUUUAUAUCUGACCAAUUUGUGAGGUAGAAAUUAUACAGUACGUUCUCUUCCUUACAAGUGUAGUCAUACAUGUAUCUACUACUCACAAUCAUCAUGAUAUAGAAGUUUGGAAUAAUUCUAAAGAAACAUCUAUUUUAUGCACAGUCACCAAUUUUAUUUAUAAUUUGUCAAAAUGAUUCUCAUGACAUCCCACCACUUUCCAUCCAAAUAUUUAUUUAUGUUUUUAAUGUUAUUUGCACUCGAACAAUCUUUUCGUAAUUUGUGAUAUUAACCUACUGUGAAUUUACUAUUAAUUGAUAUUGUAUCCGUCACUAUUUAUAUCAUAUGUUAAAUUUUUUUAAUCAAGCGAAGGCACCAAACCUUCAUAAUAUGCAUAAUGUUAUGUACAUAAUUUUUAUGAUAUUCAUGUUACAACUGUAUAGCCAUAUAAGUUUUUCAACUGCCAUAUUGGGUGCACACCAAAGGGUGCCUCUCAGGUCAAAAUUUUUGGAGAUAAACAAAAUUUUGAAUAUCCAUGACCUCCCAAAGAUGUUAAUAUAUACUCAGAAUGUUCUCAAGCCUCUUGUAUCCAUGACCUCCCAAACCCUAUCUGAUAGAAGGAAUUGAGGCAGUGAUUCGUCAUAAAAUUAGGCUGUUUUAUUUACAACCGGAAUAUAUAUAUAUAUAAAGGAUUCUAUUUCUUUUCUACCAAGUGAGUCAUGGGAGAAAUCGUUAUGAGUGAUAAUCAGUGACUCAAAAUAAUGACCAAUACAGUGACUAAUUGGUUGUUUUUUUCUCUGUAUAUCUGCAAUAGCUAUGUAGAUUGGUUAACAACGGGCAUAAUGUACUUUUGAUCACCCCAUCACUUUCAAGUUAGAUUGUUGCAUAUUUCUUCACUAAUAAAGUAUAUUUUCAGACUA